AUGGUGGGUGCUUUACAAUACAUUACUAUUACAAGACUUGACAUUUGCUAUGCUGUGAAUUUAGUCAGUCAGUUCAUGUACGCUCCUCGCAAGCCUCAUCUUCAGGCGGCAAAAAGAAUCCUUCGAUGCCCGACAUUUCAUGACUGGCUGUGCUGUGUUUGUCGAACCAAACUUGAGACCUUGUGGAUUCAACAAUUACUCCUUGACAUCGAGUUUCAUGCUUCUAGCUUGAUAAUAGCAUGCUGUGAUAACAUCAGUGCCACAUAUCUAGCUGCCCGUCCAAUUCAACACCAAUGGUCCGAGCACAUUGUGGUGGAUUACCAUUUCGUUUGGGAACGAAUUCAACGAAGGGAUCUUCUUGUUCGCUAUGUACCUACAUCAACUCAGUUGGCAAACAUAUUUACCAAGAAUCUCUCUGUUUCCUCGUUUCAAGGAUACUGUCGCAAUCUGCCACUCUCAUUCCUUGAUCAAAUCUCGCCUCCGGUCUACAUCCCCUUAGUACUCUUCUAUUCCGGGGAAACUGAUGGGGAGACGAGACUCUACAGAGCGGAUAUAUCGACCCGCCUGAAGAGUUCCUUGUCUGAGACCCUGACUCGUUACUACCCACUGUCUGGCCGGCUUAGGGACAACCUUGCCGUGGAGUGUAAUGAUGAGGGAGUCCCCUUCCUGGAAACAAGAGUGGUGUGCCGUCUCUCCGAUAUGGUUCAGAACCCGGAUACAUUAGAGCUGCGGAAGUUGGUUCCUUUUGUUAUUAAUGCAGCCGAUGAUGUAAUCCUGGGUGUGCAGUUCAAUGUGUUCGAGUGUGGUGGCAUUGCCGUAGGCAUAUGCCUCUCUCACAAAGUGGCGGAUGGACUGUCUGUUUUCGUGUUUAUAAGAACUUGGGCUGCUAUUUGCCGUGGAGAAGUAAACGUGGUGUCACCGGAGUUCCUGUCCGCCACGCUCUUCCCACCAAAGGACUUAUCAAUGUACGAACCCAGCACGGGAAUCGUGACUGAGAACAUUGUCUCAAAGAGGUUUGUAUUUAAGUCCAAUGGGAUAGAGUUGCUCAAAGCAAAAUACAGUGCAGGGAUCGACUCGCUGAACCAACGACCACCAACUCGUGUCAAGGCACUAUCUACAUUCAUAUGGAGCCGAUUCGCAUCCUCAACCCAAGUCUUCUCACAAGCCGCGAAGCUAUGCUUCCUGCUUCAUGCCGUGAACCUGAGGACCCAGUUCGACCCACCAUUGACGGAGCACUCCUUCGGGAACCUGUGCAGAGUUGCAAUCACGUUUCUGUCUCCAGGCAUGAACGGAGGUUGCGGUGACCUCGUGACGAGGGUGAGGGAGACUAUAGCAGGGAUUGACAGGGCAUAUGUCGAGAGACUUCGAGAGGGGGAUGAGCACUUGAGCUUCAUCAAUCAGGCAAGUGAGAUGUACCGCAAAGGGGAGAUGAUAUCCCUCAACGUCACUAGCUGGUGCAGGUUCUCCAUAUAUGAGGCCAAUUUCGGGUGGGGGAAGCCCACGAGGGUCGGUUCGCCCGCCCUGCCAUACGGGAAUUUAGCAUACAUUCACUUGAAGGAGGAAGACAUGGUUAAGUUUGAAAGUGAUGAGGAGUUGCAAAAGUACAUCGCCGGAAUUGCUUAAAGAAUCCAGGCUGAAACAGCUUCCAUGAAAAUAUCGUGUUUCAGCCAAAAUAAAAAAACCGACAUAUGAUCGUAUAAUCUGUCACGAUAUAUAUGGUAGUGGUCAAUAAUAAUCUAUAUAUGUAUAUUCAAGAAGCAGGCAAACUGAUCAUCAGCAGAUUGAGAAGCUGAUUAUAUGUGUGUGUGGUAUUGUAAACUAUAAUUUAAAUGAAU